CCUCCGCCUUCUGCUCUCGCCGCCGCUCCCUCCCCCCUCCUUCUCCUCACUACCACAGGGAGCGAGCGGGAGGAGGAGGAAACAGGGAGAGAGAGGCAGCUCCGGCGGCCCCUGGCGUUCCCCUCGGCGAGGGGAAAGAUGGCGACGCUGGGAAGCGAGCCGCAGCCCUUCCCCGCCGCUGCCCUGGCGGUGGCAGCGGGCGGGGUGGGCGGCGGCGGCUGUGGCGGCUGUGGCGGCGGCGGUGCGUUGGGUCUGCAGCCUCUGAACCGCGGUCUGGAGCGGGCGUUGGAGGAGGCGGCUCACUCCGGGGGGCUCAACCUGAGCGGCAGGAAGCUGAAGGAGUUCCCGCGCAGCGCCUCCGCCCUCACUCACGACCUCUCCGACACGGUGCGGGCAGAUCUAUCAAAGAACAGAUUAACUGAGAUUCCUACGGAAUUGUGCCAUUUUGUGUCACUGGAAACACUAAAUCUAUACCACAACUGUAUUAAAAUUAUACCAGAUGCCAUAGUGAACUUACGAAUGCUAACUUACUUAAAUUUGAGUCGAAAUCAACUUUCUUCUUUGCCAGCUUGCCUGUGUGGUCUUCCUCUAAAAGUCUUAAUUGCAAGUAACAAUAAGCUAGGUUCCCUUCCAGAAGAGAUAGGUCAGCUAAAGCAGUUAAUGGAACUGGAUGUCAGCUGCAAUGAAAUCACAACUUUGCCACAACAGAUAGGCCUGCUGAAAUCUUUAAAAGAACUGAAUGUCAGAAGAAAUUACCUCGAAGUUUUACCCCAAGAACUAGUACAGCUUCCCUUGGUGAAGUUCGACUUUUCCUGCAAUAAGGUGCUUGUGAUUCCCAUUUGUUUUAGAAAGAUGGCACAGUUGCAAGUACUACUGCUUGAGAACAAUCCUUUGCAAUCUCCACCAGCACAAAUUUGUACAAAGGGGAAGGUGCAUAUAUUCAAAUAUCUGACAGUACAGGCCUGUCAGAUUAAAACAGCAGACUCGCUGUAUCUUAAUGCCAUAGAACAGCCACAUUUGCCACAACCUGUGGAAGAAAGCAUUGAUGACCUCUACCCAAGUAAAAAGGACUCGGAUUCAGGUGUUGGUAGUGACAAUGGUGAUAAGCGUUUGUCAGCAACAGAGCCAUCUGAUGAAGAUACUAUCAGCUUUAAUGUUCCAAUGUCAGACAUUGUGGAAGAAGAUCAGGUUGUAAAAGAAGAUUCAGGUCAUCAUGCUAACUCAAGAAAAGUGGAAUUCCAUCAGGGAUCUUCUCACUUGAUUGUCAAUGAUAAAUCAAGAGAGACGGGAAUGCGGCUUGAUGAAUCAGAUGCUCUUACUACAGAAUUUAUGAGCUACAUUAAGAGCAGAGCAGCAGAGUGUGAUGAAUUACUGAGAAUUGAAGAGGACGCACAAUGGCAAACAGAAGAAAUAAUAAAUAUGUCAGAAGAACAAACUAUUGAUAUAGCAAUGAUAGAACAACUAAGAGAAGCAGUAGAUUUGUUACAAGAUUCCAACAGAUUAAGCAUGGAUAUUUCAGAAAGCAGUGAUGUGAAUCUGUAUCCCAUGGAACCAGCAACAGCUUUAGAAUUUCAGGAAUCUACAGUAAACAGUCAAAUGCAGAUGGAGAUGUCCUCCCUUGGUCAGAAAGAAAAUGCUGAAGAGGAACUAGAAUUUCAGAGGAGGAGGGAAUUAAUUAUGGAGAAAGCCAAGAAUGAAAUGAGAACAUGUGAACAGGGUGAAAAAUGGUCAUUGAAUCAGAAUGAUGUAAUUGUUUGGAAUACAAGUGGCCAACCCUCUCACAAUGAGAACAAAGAUAAAAGCCCAACGCUGUCUCCUACUACAAACAACACAAUCCCUUUUGGCCUGAAGCCACGAUCAGACCCAUCCCUCAGUCUUCCUCCUGUCUCCUUCAACACACUUACACAGGCACAAACAUGGGACAGCUUUAGCUACAGUAUACCAUCUGAAGGAGACAGUGACAAUGUGUUCUUAAGACCACAAAGAAAUUUGGAAUCAAUAGACCCACAGUUUACAAUUCGGAGGAAAAUGGAGCAGAUGAGAGAAGAGAGAGAGCUUGUUGAACAGCUGCGUGAGAACAUUGAAACAAGACUAAAAAUAUGUUUGCCUGAGGACCUGGGGUCUGCUCUCAUGGAUGGUGUAGUUCUCUGCCAUUUAGUAAAUCACAUUCGACCUCGGUCAGUAGGAAGUAUUCAUGUACCUUCACCAGCAGUACCUAAACUUAGCAUGGCCAAAUGCAGGAGAAAUGUUGAAAAUUUCCUGGAUGCAUGUAGAAAACUGGGGAUACCAGAGGCUGACCUCUGCUCUCCGUAUGACAUCCUGCAGUCGGAUAUUCGUCACAUUCGAAAGACUGUUGACACUCUGCUCGCCCUCGGGGAGAAACCCCCACAAUCAACUUCUACCUUUCGCUCCUGGGAUCUAUUAGGCUUUUGUCUUUUCCACAUACUUUUUGUAGUCUUGAUGUUUAUAACUUAUCACUGGAAUGUGCUAACAGCAUAACCUGUUCGCAUGUGCACACAAACUUUCUGCUUUGUCUCUGACAAAUUACAGGUACUUAAUUUCCUUCCUUUGUCUUACAAAAUUCUCCUUUUUCCUUCGCUUCCCUUCCUUGUAAUAUCUCUGUUAAUCUCUUGAAAUAGGGGAGAGAGGGAUUAGCAUCAUUAACUGAUCUGAAGGCAAGUCCUAUCUCUUUCCCCCACUCCAGCUCAAGUUUAAGAACUUACAUACCUCUUUAUAGUUCGUGUUGCCUAGACUAUACACUGAAUGUGGUAAAGCAUUGAAACAACUCUUAUUCCACUUUUGAGUAGGUGUAUAUCAAGCUAAACAGAGCCAACCCUUUCUAGGAAAAGACAGGUACGCUUUUGUGAAAGGCAUUCAGAAGAAUUUGUGAAAAUCCAGGAAUUCUACAGAUAUUGAAGCAAUUGAGGUGGCAGUUCAGCAGAUGAUAGUAUUUUCUGAGCUGCUGCCAAUUAUUUAAACAUGCAUUAUAUUAAAGAGCACUUAACGGUAAUUUGAAUAAUAGUUCUCUAUUUUAAAUCCUUUAGUUUAACAAAGAGUACUGUAAUUUUAAAGAUGAUUGGUCAUCUCUACUGUUCUGAUUAAAUUCCAUACUGGAGUAGUUAUUUUCCUACUUAUAUUUUGUUUUCCUCCAGAUUCCGUGGAAUAAUCUUCUUCCUCUGUCUCACAAAGCAGAAUUUAUCUGCUUUAAAACACUUGAAGAUGACUGUAAAUUAGUACUGGGCAUGAGGAACACCUCAUAUGCAAGGCACUUUACAAUAUUUUAGACUGAAGAUCACAAAAGACGGUGUGAUACAAUGUGAUUGAGAAUAAACUGUUAGAUUCCUUUAUCUGUCAUUCUUAUGUGUGACAUCAAGCAAGUUUUGUCACUUAUCUUGUCUCUGUUUCAUCACCUGUGAAACUGCUGGUAAUGUUUGUUUGUCUGACUAGUGUAGUAAACACAAUGUACCUAGGAAAAUUGAUUGUCUAGGAAGAGUUUAGAUUUUCCUUCCUAGGAGAUUUUAAAGAAUUAGGUUAGACAUGCUGGUGAGGAAGCCUUCUGGUAUCUUUGAACUCUGCCUAUGGUUAGAGCACUGGACUGAAUGACUUCCAUUUCCCUUCCAGUUCUGUUUUCUGUUAAUUUAUUUGUAAAACUUGAAUAAGACAAGUAUUUUAUUUUGUAUCAACGUGAAAUACAUAAAUGGAAAGUGACUGUAGGCACAGUGAGACUUGAAAAUUAUAAAGCCUCAAGUAUAGACCCAUAUUUACUACUGCUAGAUGCUACUGAUGAAAUUCCUAGUUCAGUGUCAAGCUAGCUAACCAAAGCAUCUCAGUUUUGUGGUUGUGAAAUAAAUAUAUUUAUUUCUCACUGGCUAUUAUAUCCAAAAAUUACCACCUAUCUUUUAGGAGAUAAUUAGCAUAAGAAAUUGUAUGCUACAGAUUAUUCUGGUAAUACGAUUAUGAUCUAAGGCUACAUUAUAAAUACUCUAAUUCCUUAGAUGUUUGUAAAAAUGUAUUAAAAAGCUUCUAAAUGCAGUUCUAUUCCAGUGUUCUUGGCUUUAAUACGAGAGUGUGUGUGUGCACGUAUGAAGUUUGUGAAGGUGAAGUAUGUAGUUAGGUACUGUGAGGUGGAAAAAUUACUUUCAGACAACAGAUAGACACUAAGACCUGUAUAAAAUCAGUUCUAGCAGCUUCCGGUGCAUUUGGAUAACGAUUCCAUUAGUGGCUUCUAUGAUUUGGCACAAAUUAGUUAAUUCUUGUAGGUUCUUAAUUCCUUUAGGAACUUUGCUAGUUGUUUUGAGUGCAUAGCUAUGGACUUGUGCCCUCAUCCUGUGCAGACCUGUUCUUCUAACUGUACACCUAGUUUCAGUGGUUCCAAUAGCAGGCACUCACUAAGUUAAGAGUGUGAGCUUAAUGUUUAAAAUUCCUCUUUCAGAAGGUCUUGGUUUUGUCUUGUUCCAACAGUGUUGCUUUUCAUGAAACUGAGAAAGUGACAUAAAUCACUUCAGAAGCUAUUAAUGUACGACUACUUAUAAGCCAGUGUAUGUAUUUGAGGCAAAGUCCAUGUCUUUUGUAGGGCUGGAUUUUCACCUGUGCCCUGUGUGGUCAACAGGUCUCCUGUUAAUGCUUUGUGUUGUGCAUUUCUUAUGUAGAACCAAUCCACAUAUAUGAGUAUAUUUUAACGUUUUUUGGAAUGAGAAAGUGGCAAAAGUUUUUGCUACUGUCUUGUAGUUCAUAUCUACGUCGCUGUCUAGUAUUAUGUGGUUAUUCACAGUGCUCAGUAGGUUGGUAAGAAAAAUAACAGAUCAGUCUUGUAGAGGUGUGUCAGCGUAAUCAACUGCUUGUGUGCUUGUGGUGCAUGAUUCUCAAACUUAUCCAAAGUCUGAAGUAUACAUAUGCUUACCAUGCAGACAGUUGUCUUUAACUUGGAGUACAUUUUCUCGCUUUUCUCAGCCUUAACAAUGUACAGCAAUUCAAGUGUAUCAUUACAAGCAAUAUUUGGAGUUACGGAGUUGAAGCCAUCUUGAACCUGACUGUGAAAGAUGUCCAUUGCUCUUGUGACAAGCACAGCCAUACAUACUGUACAUGAAGGUUAUCUGUUUUCUGUGUUUUUUCUGGUUGUUACUGAUAACGCUUCAAAAUACACACAGAUCUUAAAGGGAAAGAGGCAGUAGAAUAUAUCCUUACAUUUCAUUAAGAGUGAAUAUAGUAAUGUUUCUCAAAAUACUUUCAAAAUGUAGUAAGGGUAUGAAAAAUGCCAGUAUUUUCCUCCCUGAAGACAGUAAUUCUAUUAAACAGGGAGGUGGAAGCCACAGCAGGUAUCUAGUCUAAUGGACUCUUUGAUGAAGUCAGAGUCCUACUUCUGUGCUAUUCUUCCUGUGGUGAUAUAUUCAGGAAACCAGGAGUUCUGCUGGCUGGUGAUCCUUUACCUCUUAGGAGAUCCCAGUAUUGAAAUGUUAUACAGAGCUGAUGUUUACAGUCAGUCGCCUGACUAAGGGGAUAAAUUUGGGUUUUAAAACAACCUAGGCUGUUGUUCAACGUCACAUUUGUUCACCACUGACAUGAAUUACAUUCCACCUUGUUUUUUCCCCAUUCUGUUGUGUUUGUUUGUUUGUUUUCCUUGCAGUGACAGCAUGGUCAUCAGAAAUUUUCAAACUGUGAUUUCAUCAUAAGUUUAUCUGCUCAUAUCUGUACUAUACCCACUGUAUUAAUUACUUUUUGAUCCUCUGGAGAUCAUCACAUCCUUAGUGCAAUAAAGUAAUAAAUACAGAUUCUAAUGGAGUAAUUUCAUAUGCAUGCAGGUAAAAUAUGUUUGCACUGGAUUACAGCUGGGAUUUUGAUGCGAGGAUUUGGCUUUGUUUUUCCUUGAUCCAGAAAAAAGAUAAAUAUGUUCAAGUGCAGUGUAGUAGAAGUUCAAAUACCUUUUUUCUUCAUUUAUCUAUUAACAAGCUUUUACAGCUGCGAUCUGUUUGUAGAUCCUACCAAGUUCCUGUCAAGUUCAGUGGAAGUCUACACUUAAUGUGAGUGGAAAUUUGACUAGACCCCAGUAAAUACAUAUUCAGUCCAGUCCAGUCUAUUCCAUAGACAUAAGUAAGUUUUCUAAUUGCUGUGUAAUUGUUUUCACAAAAAAGAACUACUUUUUAUAAUCUUAUUCCUGUUACUACAAAAAAUUAAAGCACUCUUAUAUACAAGUUUAGAAAAAGUGGUAGACCAGGCUUUAUGCUCCAUUGUCAUUUCCAGCACAUAAUCUGCAUAAUGCAGAAAAGAGCAAUAUUAAAAAAAAAAUCAGGUAAUGAUCCAUUCUUCUUGGGUGAUACAAAACAUUCUCAUUCUUUCACUUCAUCUCUUAGAUUUUAAUGUAUAUGGUUAUGAUAUAACUGGUAUCUCCCCUGUAAGUAUACAUUUUCUCUUACUGUUUAAUGUGUGUGUGUCUUUAGUAAACUUCUAGAGUUUUCUGUUCCCUCCAGAUUCAGGUCAAUGUUUUCUUAAUGUGUUAGAACAAAGCUAUGAGGCAUUUUGGCAAAAUAUAUUGUUUACCUUAAAAUUGUGUGGCUGAAAGCCAGGAUUUGUAAAAGGGUCCAAAGCCAUCAUCUGCAAAUGCAGUUUUGUAAAUAUUUGCAAUUUAUUGCAUGUUCAGAAGAUGCACAUAUUAAGAUAUCUCUUUGGCUAGAAUUCUAACUACAGAAUUGCAGCUAUAGUAAUGAAGUUCUGGGUUGUUGGUUUAUUUGCGUUUUUGAAUCUGAUCACAAGUGUAUGAUUCAACAAAACGUACUAAUCUUUCCUUUGGAAAUUAAAAGAAAAACUUGAUGAAAUAUACCUGCAGCCUGGAUUACUGUGCUUUUUGAUCUUCUGGUCUUUUCUGUUGUGUUUCAAAUGGUAACUUCAGGACAUUUGGGCAUAUACAGACAUCAUCAGUGAGACAUUAAUGAAAAUAUA